AUGCGGUGGCAGCAGCAGCAGCAGCUACAGCUGCAGCAGCAGCAGCUGCUGCAGCACGCCCGCCGCUUCACAGGUGAUGAGCAGCAGCUGCUGCUGCCCAAAAAUAGGUGCAUCGAUUAG